AUGUUUGAGAAGAGCAACCGGGGAAUGCAAACUAUUUCGCAUAUAGCAAGAAGUAACGUAAAUUCAAAUGAUAAACAGAAAGAAUUUUCAUUAUGCGAAACCAAUAUACAAACAAUGGAUAAAGAGUGUACAGACAUAAUUGAAGAUGCGUUUAACCCGAUUAAAUGCACUACAUGGCAAUCAAAGAAGAAUUUAGUGGAUAGAAUAGAGGAAGACCACCCCACUCACAAAAGCAUUGAGUAUAAUAUAGAGGAAAAGAAGAUUGUCCUGCCCCCAAUUGGGAGAGGUCUUAAAGAAAAAGGAAAGAGGCAUAUUCUUCUGAAUAGCAUAAAAAUAGACUCGUUCUCUAGCGGAUCUUCAGAGGAGCCGCAAAAAGAGCAGUUCUUUGAGGAGGUGCUUGCAUUUGCAAAGAAACGGGGAAUUACAAGCAGUGAAAACUUAAUAUGUGCAAUAUCAAAGGAUCAGGAGGGAAGCCGCUUUAUCCAGAAAAAGCUUGACAGUGCAACUAUCGAGGAGAUUGAUAUAACUUUUGAGGAGAUUUGUCCAUGGAUUUCUGAACUAAUUGUCGAUUUGUUUGGUAACUACGUUGUGCAAAAAUUUCUUGAAAUUGGCACAACAGAGCAAAGAGAGAAAAUAUUCUUUGCAAUGGAAAGCACAAUUAUUUCUCUUGCCCUGCAUAUGUAUGGAUGCCGAGUCAUCCAAAAGGCGCUUGAGUGUAAAGAUAUAAAUAGAAAGAUUGUAGAAAAAAUCAAAGGGCAUGUUAUCGAUCUAGUCUGUGAUCAGAAUGGAAAUCACGUGGUUCAAAAGUGUGUUGAGUGUGUUGAUUCAGAUUUUGUAAUUAAAGAGUUUGAAGAAGAUGCGGUUUCUUUGAGCCGGCAUCGGUAUGGCUGCAGAGUUAUUCAGAGAAUAUUUGAAAACAGCACAAAGUGCGCGAGCGCAAUUGACAAGAUCAUUAGCAAUGCUAAACUAUUGGUAGAGGACCAGUACGGCAAUUAUGUAAUACAGCACAUAUUAGAAAAGGGAACGCAUGCGCACAAAAGAAAAAUUAUUACUGAACUUUCUGACAAUAUAGCAGAGUACAGCAUACACAAAUUUGCAUCUAAUGUCAUGGAAAAGUGUGUAAUUUGCGGAACAAGCGAGGACCGGAGAUACAUGCUAAAGCAGCUUAAGUCUGCAGUUGGCCCUGCAGGAGAAGAUCUGCUUGUCCACAUAACAAUGGAUAAGUUUGGCAAUUAUGUAGUUCAGCGCCUGCUAGAUGUUCUAACUGGAGCAGAUAAAGAAGUUCUUAUGUCUCAUCUCAGAGCAAACAUUGCAGACCUUAAAAAAAGCUCAUAUGCAAAAUGCAUUAUAUCAAAGCUAGCGCUCCUUGACUCAAAGAAAGAAUAAAUUAUAUUUAAACUUUCUGCGAGUUUAUUGAGUGUCAUUAUUUCUCCAAUAAUUAAUAAAUAGAAUAACGGUUUCCA